UUUUGCUUCAGUUACUCUCCCGCUCUGUUGAUUGUUUUAAGCGAACGUCUUCCUUACCCCAUAACAGGUCUCUCUCUCCCCGCUCUCCUGAUUGUUGCAAGCGAAUAUCCUCAUUACUUCAAAGCAGGAUGGAAUGGACUUGGGCACCAAUAAGUGGUGGUGGAGAACAGCCUUCAGCAGAAAUGACGGAAAGGACUUGUGCACCAAUAAGUGACUAUGAACCACCACCUCGAGAGAUGAUGGAAUGGGCUUGGGCAUCAAUCAUUGGAAUUGGACCAUCACCUCCAGAGAGGAUGGGAUAUAGUUGGACACCAACUGGUAGUGGUGGGUCACCAUCUUUAGAAAGGAUGGAAUGCGGUUGGGCACCAAUGAGUGGUAGUGGACCACAAACUCCAGAAAGGGAAAGAAAUGAUGAAGCCAGAGGAAAAGCUCCAGUAUAUGAACAAGUAAAGGAUGAGCGUCAUCAGGAGCUGUUAGACUUUGUAAUACUGACGUGUGGUCUUAGAGACAAUACUAAACCUCCAAAAUCUCUUAGUAGUAUAUACAGAAUACAGGAGCAGCUUGGCGACAUCAAUUAUGUGCCUCAGAUAGUUUCAAUUGGCCCCUUUUAUUAUAAAAGUAGACGUCUACAAGGUACCAGAAAACAGAAAAACAAAUAUCUCAAAUGGUUUUUACCCCGUAAUCCCAACUGCAGCUGGGAAAAAACCUUGGAUAACUGCGUGAAAGUCUUGAAGGAAAAUGAAGAAAACGCUCGAAGAUGGUAUUCUGAAGAGAUAGAAUUCAAGGAUAGGGCUGAUUUUGUGACAAUGAUGUUAGUGGAUGGUUGUUUCCUUCUCGAAUUGCUUUGUAGAAGAUAUCGGAAAAAUCAUCCGGAACAACCUGUGAUCGGCAACCAAAUCGAUGACGAUAAUGAUGAUUCGGAUGGCCCAAUAUCCAAGAAGAUGCUCCCAAGGAUACGACACGACUUGUUAUUACUUGAAAACCAACUCCCGUUUCGUAUCCUUGAGUUAUUAUUUAGAAACACCAUUGCCGACAUUUCAUCAAUAUCCCUCGAUAGACUCGUCUACGAUUUCUUUCAAGACAUAGCUCCAAUCCAAAACGUGAAAGUGUUUCAACCCAAAACGACCAAGCAUAUACUCCAUUUACUGCGCAAGUUUAUGUGUGAUUCAUCGAAAUUGGAAAUCACAGGAAAGAGUAGUCGAGAGGCCAAAUUAAGUAAUUACUCUGUGACACAACUCAUAGAAGCUGGAGUCAAGUUCAGGAAGAAGGAGAAUGCUGAUAGCUUCUUAGACAUAAGCUUCACAAAUGGUGUAUUAGAAAUCCCCAAUUUACAUGUUCAUAGCUACACCGAAUGCUUAUUUCGAAAUUUGAUUGCAUUUGAGCAGUAUUUCCCUAAAUGUACUGGUCGGAUCACAUCUUAUGCCUUUCUUAUGGAUAGCCUCAUCAACAGUCGAGAAGAUGUCCAGUACCUCUACAAGAAAGGAAUAAUCACGCAUGGCUUGGGCAGCCAUGAAGAAGUAUCAGUUCUGUUCGACAAUCUUAGAAAAGGAAUUUUCCUCCAUUACUUCUAUUAUGAAGACGUCUGCACGGAUCUUAAUAACCAUUUUGAAAAUCGUUGGGUGGUCUGGAGCGCAAUUUUCAAGCGCGAACAUUUAAAAAAUCCGUUGACGGUUGUUGCACUCAUUGGUGCAACUUCAGCUCUUCUUUUCACCUUUGCAUCCUCCUUGUUUGCUAUGCUCUCUUUCUUUGUCCAUGGUCCUUGACCUGUAACUACUCUGGUUGAGUAUCUCAAUCUGGGUGUUUAUCCACGCAUAAUUACAUGCAGGUCGAUGAUCGAUCAUCUACGACCCUUUCAAAUUCUGCUUCCAUCCAAGUCUAUAUCUUUGAAAUUGUCAUGACUUUGUAUCGUUUCAUUUCGUCCGUUGCGUGAUUUCAAUUUGGUUGAAAUGCAUGUUACUAUCGAACUAUUUUUACUUGGCAAUGUUUAUGACU